ACUGGUGCUCGGUGUGUUUCCAUGUGUUUACAGAGAAGUCAUCAUGGCGGCGCCUCCUUUCAUCAUCACAGCCAUGUGAGAGCAGCGCGCGCUUCUUUGCAUCCUCGUGAGUGUCUUCUUCGUUGCCAGGACGACCAGAGGGGCUGACCCCGGCCACGUGACAGGCUGCAGCAGUUGUAGUAGAGAGUGUGUGUUUGUGUGUGUGUGUGUUACAGAGUGUGUGUUGGUGUGGGUGUUAGUGUGUGUGUGUGUGUGCCGCCCCUCGCUCAGUUCUGCCCGGGCAGUCAGUGGAGCUGUUCCCCCCGCAGACAGGCAGCUCAGUCCGGGGAGCUAAAGAUGGAGCAGUCGGCGACGGGGGAUCGUAUUUUCGCCGCGGAAGCCAUACUGAAACGCCGCGUCCGUAAGGGGAGUAUUGAAUACCUGGUAAAAUGGAAAGGAUGGGCAAUGAAGCACAGCACCUGGGAGCCAGAGGAGAAUAUUCUGGAUGACAGGCUGAUAAUGGGCUUUGAGCAAAAGGAACGGGACAGGGAAAUGAACGGCCCGAAGAAGAGAGGACCGAAACCCAAAAACUUAGUCAUGAAGGCACGUGGUCAUAAAAAAGAGCCCAGCAGCCAGGCCUCCAGUGUCCGUCAACAAGCAUCCAGCGCCCGCCUAGCCUCCACCGCCCGUCAGACCUCAUCUCGUUCCUCUUCCAUCCGAGCACCUCCCUCCUCUUCUGCCUCACCUCGUCAAUUGGCAUCUUCGUCCACCUCUUCCUCAACUGUUGCACUCUCUCCUAAACUCAACUCCCUCGCAGCCACCCACAAGCUAAAGAAGGACAUUCACCGUUGCCACCGGAUGUCAAGGCGUCCUCUGCCCCGCUCAGACCCCAUGGGGCCUACUUUCUCCAACCCUGGUGGUUUCCCCUCCCGCAUGCAUGUCUCCCCGUUCUCCGAGACCGUCCGCAUCCUCAACCGCAGGGUCAAACCACGAGAGGUCAAGAGAGGUCGGAUCAUCCUCAACCUGAAGGUCAUUGACAAGCCAGGCAGGGGUGGCACAGCUGCUGGCAGUAGGAAUAUUUCAACAGGACGCCAAAACAUCCCUUCACGCAAUCGCAUCAUUGGGAAAAAGGGAGAGGCCCCAUAUAGACCUUUCCAGCCUCCUCUGAAGAUGCUGGGGUUCCCGAUGUACGGGAAGCCCUUUGGGCUGCAGUGUGGAGGCCCUGCAGCUUUCCCAUCCCACCCAGGGUCAUGCUCUAGCACAGCGACCAGGGACGGCCACACCACCUCCUCUCAGUAUAAGUCACCUCCAUCUCCUUCCAGCUCCAGCGGCUCUGAGGGAAAACCUCCCACCACCUCCCAGACCCCCACUGGAGCCUCACCUUCCAGCGAGGAUCCCAAAAGAGCCAAGCAAGCCGCUUCCGCCCCAUCCUCGGAUGCAAACCCAGCGGUUUCAGCAUCACCUUUCCUCCCCUCCUCACCCUCUUCUUCAUUGGAAGACAACGACGAGGAGGCUGGUGCCCUGGACCGCGUGGAGCCCUCAGAAGGAGCCAGGAAAAAUCCUCGCCAAUGCCAGGCUAAACGCCAACCGCCCACCACUCCCCCCUCCGUUCCACCCGGGGACCAGAGCUCUGCCCCCACCGAACCCAAGAGGGUGCCUGCCGAGGGAGACCCUGACUGGCAUCCCGAAAUGGCGCCAAGCUGCAAGGAUGUUGUGGUCACUGAUGUCACCACCAACCUUGUCACCGUCACAAUAAAAGAGUUCCCCUCCCCUGCCUCCCCCUCUGCUAGCCCCGAAAAUGCCUCCUCCCCUCCCCCUGCAGCCACCUCCGACGACCCCUCCCCUGCCAAGCCAUAGGAGAGCAGAUGUUAUGAAGUCGAUCGCCAUUGAUAUGAAAAUAUCAUGCCAGUGUUGCCACUUCAGCCCCCUCCUACCUGCUCCUUCAUGGUUUGUCCAUAUUUGUGUAUCGAUAAAUGAAAUGUACCACCCAGCCAUUGAAUAGUGGGAAAAAAAAGCAUAUUUUUAUUAAAAAGAAAAUAUAUGAAUUUGAAGAGGGGCAGCUAAUACGCCCUUGUCGACGCUUAAAUUGCCAUAUUUUGAUCAAUUGCACAUCACUGACUCUUGGGAGCAGACGGAGAGGAAUGAUGUUUGUUUUCUUUCACUCGUUCCAGACAUAAUGAGUUUAUCUUGUUUGGUGUAACACAAACAGGAAGUGUUGUCCAUCUGGUGUGUUGCUUGAGCCUUUAUCAAGUGACUUGUUGGUGCAUUUGAAAGAAACAAAUAUAUUUUCAGAUCCACGCUCUGCGGCGGAGGCCGAUCCAGACGGCCUUCAGGUGUUAUGCCAAUUUCCCGCCCCCUGUUUUCAUCUGAAGUCCAGCUUGUUAAUGAUAAAUGAGGUGUUGUGUCUUUGCACUUAACAUAGUUGGACUCUCAUAUUGCAUCAAUACAGCGAGGUAAAUGCAAUGCACUUGACUGCAUCAAAACAAAAUGACCUAUUCUAUGUAGUUCAUCAAUUUUUCAAGGCCUUUUCCUCUUGUUCUCUUGAACGCACAUGCAUAUACGUACAGUAUGCGUAAGUAUUUAUAUGCACGCACAAACCUUAAAAACUGCAAAGAAAAUACUAAAGCAGUAGUUUUUAAGUUAUUGCUGUCCUUACUGUCUCUCCUUGCUUGCCUUGUUUUCUCACAAACCCACCACCUUUUUCUGUAACGUCCUCCAAGACUCUAAACUGGCCUGUGGUUGGUCAUGAAAUAUUCUCCUUCACGUCUUUUAACUUCUCAACAUGUCAAGGUCUAGAGGGUCCAUGAGCUGAACACAGUUUUUAAACUGAAGCUACCAACUGAGAGCAGCUAAAAAGUGUCACUUGUUGAAGCUGUGAGCUACUUGGUUCGUGUUUGUUGCUUGUUCAAAACUUGACAGGUUUGCCUGUGAAUAUCUUCUUCGUUUGGCUGUCGUGGGUCUGUCUUUCAGCCAAGUGCUUUAUCUGUGGUCCUGAUGACCACUCUAAGUCUCUACAGUGCAGACACUUUGGACCGGAGAAGUCUGGGAUGGAACCACCGACCUUCUGGUUAGUCGACGGGCUAGUCGACUCCCGAGCCGCCUCUGAUGGGAGCUGAGGUUCCCCUGCUGCUCUUGGUUCAGUUGAAAAUGUUUUUUUCUUCAUGAAGGGUAAAAAUAGCAAGACAGUAAUUGAAUUACACAACUUUGUGUGUGCCCUCUGUCAGUGGCAUCAUGGGACAGCUGGAAACGAUGUCGUGUAGCUUGAUGGUCAGGAAAUAAUCUUCACUUCAUAAGGUUUGAUCCUUUAAAAAAAAUCUUUAUUCGAGACGGUAGUCUUUCAGUUUGAGAGCAGGACCUAUUGAUUUAAUGUUGUAAUGCUUUCAGUCAAAACCUUGCACUUGCACUCAAAUAGCCCCUGCUUGUGCUCUAACUGUUCAAUUGCACUCAGAUAUUUUGCUGCUUUGACGGAUUUUCCGCUCCGCAGCUUAAGCUCUUCUUGCGCUCAGACCUCUUCUGUGCAAUAGUGAAAGUGAAAUAUCUGCUCUUGGAUUUUUUUUUUCUUCUGAGCUUGGACUUUUUUGUCCAAAUUCCCCGACCAGUGGAAUGUCAGGUGUAUUGUUAAAAAGUGAAAUAGUCCAACGCCCACACGCCAACAAGCUCUUUACCAUGAAACUUUUUGACCCUCAACAGAAUCUGAAGUUCAGCCCAUUGAACGCAGACUCCAAACUCUUUCUCUGGUGCUUUCUGCUCUUUCUCGACCUUCCCUGACCUUGACUUUACUCUGGUGUACCUGUGUGUUACAGUAUUCAAAAACAAUCUUCCGCAUGUAUUGCCUUAUAGCUGCUCCACUCAACCCCAGUUACACUCCAGGCGACCUUUGCCUCGUCUUACUUGGCUCCUCUCACAGAGAGCAGAUUUAAUAAAAACACUCUCAAACCAUAACUUUAGUGUGGUAACUUUAAGAAUCACCUCAUCGUAAACUGUAAUAACAUGACUGCUUUUGUUAUCAUCUUCUCUACAAGUCUACAAACACUGACGAGGAAGAUGUCGCCUCCUCUCCUGUCACAUACUGGAUGGUUCUAGUCAUCGUCGAUACUGUUUCAAUACUCAGUGAUGGGUUACAAAUGGAAGGAUUUAUUCCAAAAUGACAGAUCCAUUAUAUGAAGAAAUAGACACUGUUCUGAAAUGGUCAAUAGCUCAAAUUCAAAUGAAGAUACUUUAAAGAAGGACAGUUCUUAACUACAAUCCUGAUUUGUGUGAACGGACUGAAUCGUCUAGAAUUUUCCAGAAACACGAUAAAUUAAAGGAUUAUUUUCUCCUCCGAAUGGAUAUAUAUCGCAGUUUGGAAUAGAUGUUUUCAUCUACUAUAUCUUUAAUAUCUUUAAGUGGUGGAUAGAAGUGACUCUUGCAGUUGGUAGAUGUGUAAGGUGUUAGGCUGCUAAGCGACGUUUCUCGUUCUUUUUCUCUCAUACGGGGUAGCACAACUCAACUUAGUGGCCUCUCGUUCAACCAAAUAGGGCUGUUGAUUUUCUUAUUUGAAUUUUUAAAGCUUUUUUCCCCCUUUUUAAAUUGUGUUGCAUUUAUAUAUAUAUACAUAUAUAUAUAUAUAUAUGAUGUAAUUUUAAGUGCUGGAGUAAUUUGGCACUAAUUGAGGAAAAAAGGAAGGAUCCUUUAAAUGUACGGAUAAAUAUGCUUAAUGAAUUGACAUUGUGCUUUUUAAGCUGUUUUUCCCUUUGUACUGUACUUUAAUAGUUUGGUUUUUUUUAAAUAUGCAUAAUGGUGUUAAUGUGAUGCUUUUUAUUUGAAUGCCAUUUUUUAAAAAUAGUCCAACAUGGGUUUGCGCAGAAGACGAACCCUGACUGAUUUUAAUGUGUGAAGACUGUGGUUCUGUCUGUUUUUAUGCUAAUAUGAAUAAUGUACAUUGUAUUGAUGGUAAUGACGAGGAGGUGGAGGAUAAUUAUGACAUUGAAAUGUAUCUGAACUUCUGAAGCAUGUUUUGCAAACCCUUAUUGUACAGAUUAUGUAUUCAGUGUCAUGUUAACUGUUACCGUUGUUGCUUUCUGUGUUUCUUGUACAAGGCUUUUAAUUAAAAGCUCCUUUAAAAAGCA